GUCUAAUACUUUACCGGAUGUGUUUUAUGUAACAGAUAUUAGCUGAGCUUAUGCAAAGUUCGUAAUAAUAUAAUAAUGUUAUUCAAAAUAUGUAAUUCAAAAACGUAUUUGUGAUAAAAAAACACUUAAAAAUGUGGCUUGUUAUACAUGUUAUAUGAAUGAAGGGUUGAACCAAAUAGAUUUAUAACGAAUACAGCAAUCGAUUAAACUUAAAUCAGGCGCAACAAAUCUUUUUUAUGAAGUUUGAUGUUCGAUGAUUUUUGUGAUAAAAGAAACGUUUCGUCAAUAUGGAUACGAUGAAAUAUUAUUUUAUAGCAACAAAAUUAAAUUUUGAGUGUUGUGUUUUCCUCUCUGUGCUAUAAAAUAUAUUGGAAUAAAACUAGUUAAAAUGUUGGGAUAUUCAUGUUGGUUGUUCUCAUAUUUUCUGAUUGUGACAUUGAAAGCUGAUUCGACGGAGAAGUUUUACCCAUUUCAAACAACCAUUCCAAAGUUUCUACCGGUCCCCACAAAUAUUACCGUCCAUGAAGGAGAAACUGCUCGUCUGAGAUGUAGAGUAACAAAUCUAGGAACUAAAUUGAUGGCGUGGCGUAAGUCCACAGACAUAUCUCCAAUGACAGUAGGAGAUGUAGUAUUCACGCGAAAUAAGAAUAUCGAGUUACGAACAGAGAUGAUUUCAGAUGCCGAUGGGGAAGAAAGCAGAUAUGAUCUGAUCAUGAAAGACAUUAAGCGAUACCAGGCGGGUUUAUACGAGUGUAGUCUCAGUGCAACGGAAAAUUACAUCCAAAAUGUAACAUUACAUGUAUUAGAGCCAGACGACUUCACACUAGAGAUGCAGUUGCAUGGCACGCAAUAUUUGGGAGUCACGGAAACAAUACAUCUGAUAUGUAAUGCUACAGGAUUAUCAACAGCUCCUGAUGGUGUUGAUUGGUUCUUUAAUGGUGAUCUGAUAAGUGAAAGGAACCCUCGCUGGUUUGGACGAUUAUAUAAAAUAAACAAAAAACCUGUACCAGGACGUUCUUUAAUUAGUGAAAUCAUGAUUGAAAAGGCCACACGGGAUGAUACCGGUCAUUAUAUGUGCCGACCUUUAAAGUCGCGGGGUAAUAGAUAUAUUGCAGAUUUGACUGUAAUUAUUAUAAAUGAUAGUAAGAAUUACAACGGCCCUAGAAGAGAAAUUGGAGAAGACACGACAAAAGCGCCACUUCAUUCAAAGGACUGCAGCAGUGGAUCAUCUCGUGUGAACUAUUUAUCUAUUACUUGUAUCACUACGUUGUGUUACUUUAUCACAUAUAUCACGUAUCGAUGAAGUAAUAUUUGGAAUAUUCAUACUGAGGUGUUAAGUACUUCAUUUGAAAUAAAAAGGGAAGCGGUUCAAAACGAGUAACAUAGAUAUUUUCAUUUCCCAAAAUCAGGAUGUAAAUGCAGUUGCAUCCUUCAGUGCUGUAUGUCCGCCGAUAUAUUCUCAAAAAUGUAUUUAAGCCGGCGGAAAAGAGUACAACAGAAAAUAGCGAUGUAUGAAUUCUAACUGCAGAAAAAACAAGGGAAUGUCAUUUUAACAUAGAUAUGAAUGUACGGAUGCUGUCGCAGCUACAAGUGCAAUGUCUUAAACUUUUGAAAUAUACAUUCACACGAGAAAGAUUAUUCUUGCAAGCGAAAACAGUUGGUCUGCAUCACAUUUACUAAUUAUUACAAAUGCUGUGACACAGUGUCCUUUGGUUCGAAUGCAAGAAACUACUGGGAUAUCUACAUGCAUUUACCGAAAAAAAACAUUUUUGGAAGCAAAAGCAACUCAUAAGAAGAAAUGGUAUAAUCAAAUUUCUACUGAUAUAUAUGUCUGAUAUAUAUGUAUAUCAAUUACUUCUAAUACGACGCCUAUACUUAUAAAUCGUGUAAAUAGUGUAAAUAAUAAUUAUUUAAACAUGUGUGUAUUACCCGUAACAAUCACUUUCUAAUAAUUUAUAUUAUUGUAUAAUUAUAUUAAUUACUGCCAUGAGUAUUAUGUAUUAUGGUAUUUGCUUGCUUGUUCAGCUAUCAGUAAUUAAGAUAAGUUUCUACAUAAUACCCGUCAUAAAAAAUUCAAAUUGAAUCUAAUUUGUCAAGCGAAAAUAAUUCUGUCAUGCAUAACAUCUUACUAUUCAUGCACUUACUUAUAUGGUUUAUGAUAUUAUAUAACGAAUGAUUGUUUAACCGUGAAGAAAGGAAAACAGUGGUUAAAUAGCGAUCCAAGGAUAAAAUUGUAGUUUUUGUUUUGGUGUUCAAAUUGAUAUUAUUUUAGAUCAAAAUCUGAAAGAUAUGUUUCAUCAUUGAAAAUUGUUUGCUUCGCUUGCAAUUUCUAAUUU